AUGAAAAGACAGAACCAGAGCGAGCUCACCGAGUUCAUCCUUACAGGUUUCUCAGAACUGGGGGAUCUGCAGAUCCUUCUCUUCUUUGUCUUCCUAUUAGUCUACCUGACCACUCUGAUGGCCAAUGCCACUAUCAUGACGGUCAUUCGCCUGGACAGGGCUUUGCACACUCCUAUGUACUUCUUCCUCUUUGUCCUUUCAUGCUCUGAAACCUGCUACACCUUGGUCAUUGUACCCAAAAUGCUUACCAACCUGCUAUCCACAAUUCCAACCAUUUCUUUCUCUGGGUGUGCAGUCCAGCUCUAUUUAUUUGUGGGCUUGGCUUGUACCAACUGUUUUCUCAUUGCUGUGAUGGGCUAUGAUCGCUAUGUUGCCAUCUGCAACCCUCUUAACUACACACUCAUUGUCAGCCGAGCCACCUGCAUGCAGCUGGUUCUAGCCUCCAGCUUUUGUGGCUUCCUGAUCUCUAUGAUUGUCAGUAUCCUGGUGUUCAGUGUGCCCUUCUGUGCCUCCAAUCGGAUCAACCACUUUUUCUGUGACAUUUCCCCUGUCAUAAAACUGGGCUGCACAGACACCAGCCUGAAGGAGAUGAUCGUCUUUUUCCUCAGCAUUCUGGUAUUGCUGGUUCCCCUUGUGUUGAUAUUCAUCUCCUACAUCUUCAUAGUUUCCGCCAUCCUCAAGAUCUCCUCGGUGGAAGGACAGUACAAAGCCUUCGCCACCUGUGCUUCCCACCUCACAGUGGUCAUCAUCCACUAUGGCUGUGCUUCCUUUAUCUACUUGAGGCCCACAUCCCUAUACUCUUCAGAUAAGGACCGGCUCGUGGCAGUGACUUAUACUGUGAUUACCCCACUACUCAACCCCCUUGUCUAUACACUGAGAAAUAAGGAAGUAAAGACAACUCUGAGAAAGGUUCUGAGUAGAUGCUCAUAUUCCAAAACUGUAUGAGUGGGCUGAUACAGCAGUAAAUUACAUUUAUGAAAGUUUCCUACAUAGCACUUCAGAUCUAUAAACAGAUUUGUCCUUUUCUUAAGACUCCUUGACAAAAAAUAAAAGAGAAAAGAAAAGAAAUAAGGAC